CGGUUGGGUGCAGUUGUGCACAGCGAGAUCUACCCACUUACUCGGUGUGUGUGGGACAGUACACGCUUAGAAGGUGUCAGGCGUUUUCUAUUUUUGUUUUCGUCACGGCACUUCCGGUGAUAUUUCUAUUAAAAAAAGAAGCUUGCAGUCCGAGCAACUUACGGCUAAACUGUUGGGGAAAAAAAAAGAACUACUAGCGCGUGUCAGCGCCGACUGAGAUCUCAUGGUCCCGCCUCCGUUCUGCAGUCUGAAGGUGAAAUUGCGGAAGUUUCCACCCAGAAAAAACAGAAGGGUCACGCUUCUGCAGCCACUGGGGACUUUUCCACACAGACAGGUGGUCCCGCGGAGGGAGUCGUGACAGAUGGCCACGCUGCCGGCCGCCGAGCGAAGAGCGUUUGUUCAAAAAAUCAACAGAUACUCAUCAGCAGAGAUAAGGAAGCAGUUUAUUACUCAGUAUGGACCUGGUCCUUUCCACCAACGACAAAGUUCCGCUACAUCAGGAUCACUUUCCCUACAAAAUCCACAGUUAUAUGAAGCAGUGGAACCACUGGACUUUGAAGAAUUCCUGAUGACUCAGUUGAGCAGUGUGGAUUCAGAGUUUAUGCAAGAGCUCGGAGACUUCCCUGAAGAUGACUUGCCAAUUGAGCUUGUUCCAAGAGAAUGCACAACAGUGCGACCAUCUGUACCAGAAGAAGGAGAGGAACUUGAUGCUCACGUUAGAGACUGUGUGCGGUCAUACACUGAACCCUGGCUAGUUGUAAGCCGAAGGUAUCAGGGUGAUGUAGGCAGCAUAUAUUCAGAGCGACAAAACCUUCACAGAACUCUGCAGAAGCAGAUUUUUGAAUCUGAUGAGUUGCCAGAUUCCAUUAGUCUGUCUUAUCAGAACAAAUCAAGAAAAAUUUCUGUGUGUUCUGAUGACUCGGGACGAGCAACCCUCACAUCUUUGGAUUUUGAUCUGCGUGGCCUGCAACCAGAUAGCCGUAUUGAAAACCUAUUGCAGUUCAGCAGUCUAGAGGAGCUUGAACGGCAAAAUGACUUGGCCCGGAAGAGUAACCGCCACCAGGAGCUAUUUGCACUUUGCCCUCCUGCUGAUGAAGAGGAUGCUGUGGAAAUACGGCCAAUUCCAGACUGUCCAAAAGAACAUACAGGCUUCAGAAUUCAUAUCAAAUGUCAAGUUGUAAAGUUUGACAUUGAAAUAGAGCCAUUGUUUAUAACCCUGGCCUUGUAUGAUUUAAAAGAAAAGAAGAAGAUUUCUGAAAAUUGUUACUGUGACCUGAACUCUGAUCAGUUUAAAGGAUUCCUUCGCUCUCAUGUACCAUCUAUUGCCCCCUCCAGCCUUGCUAAAUCUGCUAUUUUUUCCAUUACAUACCCAUCUCCUGAUAUUUAUCUUGUCAUCAAGAUUGAAAAAGUUCUUCAGCAAGGAGAGAUUAGUGAUUGUGUAGAACCCUACAUGACACUGAGUGAGGUAGCCAAGAACAAAGACAAGCUUGAAAAAUUAAAACAUCAGGCUGAAUCAUUUUGUCUGAGACUUGGAAAAUAUCGAAUGCCAGUAGCUUGGUCUAGUGUUAAUAUUAUGAAUGUAAUAAGCACUGCCACUAUUGACAGAGACAUUGCUGACAUAGAUGGCAUAAAUGGAAAAAUCACUGGGGAUAAAAAAACCUUAGGACCAAGUAGAAAGAAUUCUGAAAAAGUGAAUCCUUUUGAUGACCAGUAUAAUUUAACAGGGUUCAAACCAGCAACUCUUACCAUUAACAGUUUCUGUAAACAGGAGGGAGACAGACUAAGUGAUGAAGAUUUAUUCAAAAAUUUAGCAGAUUUUAAAAGGACCUCAUUACAGAGAAGAGUGAAAGUCAUUCCAGGAACUAUCAAGUUGGAUAUUGUAGCAGUUCCAGAACCGGUCCCUGGAUGUCUAAACCCUGAACUGAUUCCCGUGAAGCCAGUGCCAGAGAAAUUUGUUCGACCCAUCAAGGAGAUCCUAGAGUUUCCUUCCCGAGAAGUCUAUGUUCCAUAUACAACUUAUAGAAACCUGCUGUAUGUAUAUCCACAGAGGAUAACUUUCCCAAAUCGUCUGGCGUCCUUGAGAAAUAUCACCAUCAAAAUACAAUUCAUGAAUGGAGAGGAUGAGAGCAAUGCACUUCCAGUUAUUUUUGGCAAGUCAAGUGGUCCAGAAUUUGUUCAAGAAGUGUAUACUCCUGUUACAUAUCACAAUAAGUCUCCUGAUUUUUAUGAAGAAAUAAAGAUUCAACUUCCAGCAAAGCUUACUGAAAAACAUCAUAUCCUUUUUACCUUUUAUCACAUUAGUUGUCAACUCAAACAAAACCAAGGAUCAAAUGUGGAAACCUUAAUUGGAUACACAUGGUUUCCAGUUUUUCUUAAUGAACGUCUGCAAACUGGACAAUACUGCUUACCAGUUGCUUUGGACAGACUGCCUAGCAGCUACUAUAUUCAUUCACCAGAGAAAGUCCCUCCUCAAGUCCCUCCAAUAAAAUGGUUAGAAGGUCAUAAAGGUGUCUUCAAUUUAGAAAUUCAGACUGUAUCGUCUUUACAUACCCAGGAUAACCACUUAGAAAGGUUCUUCACUCUUUGCCAUGCUUUGGAAGGUCGUGUUACCUUCCCUAUCCGAGUCAUGGAGGACAAAAUUCCAGAAAGCAAACUGGAGCAUGAGCUUAAGCUUAGUAUCAUUUCACUGUCAUCCUCAAGACUGGAGCCUCUGGUCCAUUUUCUGCAUCAAGUGUUAGAUAAACUCUUUCAUCUUAUUGUGCAGCCAAUGGUAAUAGCAGGCCAGACAGCCAAUUUUGCUCAGAUCGCCUUUGAGUCUGUUGUUUCAGUAGUCAAUAGUCUACACAACAGUCAAGACCUUUCUAAGGAUCAGCAUGGACGGAACUGUUUAUUGGCAUCAUAUGUCUACUAUGUGUUUCAGCUGCCUGAUACACAGAAAGAAGUUUUGAGUACAGGCACUGGAACUGUUCCACCAGAACUGAGGUAUUACACUGUUGGCCGCUCCAGUGCUUGUUCUGUUGGAUCCCGGCUUUUUCAGUCUCGUGUCCUGAGUAGCAGUAACCCCGAUGUCUCUGCUGUCCCAGCAACAGCCGAUGAAGAAGUUAAAAACAUCAUGUCAUCAAAGGGCACGAAUAUUGCAAACAACAGAAUGUCUUCUUAUAUAGAAGUUUCAAACUACUUUCACACUCAUGGUGGAAGUUCAAGAUCUACAAACAAAAAGCAGUUUCAUGAGGAGUUAGCGCUACAGAUGGUUGUCAGCACUGGAGUAUGCAGAGAAAAUGUGUACAAAUAUGCCUGGUUCUUUUUUGAACUCUUGAUUAAAAGCAUGGCCCAGUAUGUCCACCAGAUGGAAAAACCAGAUGUGCCUCGUAAAAACCGCUUUUCUGAUAGAUUUAAAGAUGAUAUCUCCACUAUUGUAAAUGUAGUAACAUUAGAGAUGGGAACAAUCUUAACAAAACAGCAAAAGGAAAUUGAGCAAGCUGAAAAGAUCAACAUCAGCCUGGCUUUUUUUUUGUAUGACCUGCUGUCUCUCAUGGACCGGGGUUUUGUCUUCCACCUAGUCAGAAACUACUACAACCAGCUCCCGUCCAAGUUAACGUCUUUACCCACCUUGAUUUCUAUGAGACUGGAGUUCUUGAGGAUACUAUGCAGUCAUGAACAUUAUUUGAAUCUCAGUUUGUUUUUUGCGACUCCCAAUUCUGCCCCUGCUUCACCAUGCCCAUCUAUAUCAUCGCAGAACUCAAGCUCAUGUUCUAGCUUUCAAGAUCAGAAAAUUGCAGGAAUGUUUGACCUCUCACAAGAAUACAAACAGCAGCAUUUCUUGACAGGACUACUCUUCACAGAACUCAAUGCAGCACUGGAGUCAGUGGAAGCAGAGGGAAUUGCCAAAGUUCAGAAGAAGGCUAUAAAUGCCUCUCACAGCUUACUUUGUUCCCAUGACCUGGACCCACGAUGCAGUCGACCAGAGGUUCGCUCUAGAAUAGCAGCCCUGUAUCUUCCACUGGUGGGGAUUAUUCUGGAUAAUCUGAACUACUUAGAUUUCACAGUUGCAGACACCCGGGGUGGCAAAGGGAAGUCAGGCAGUCCAGAAGAGGAACCUGAAGCUAUAACUCCUAUCAAUCAGUCUGUUGCCAUGGCAAUUGCUGGGAAUCCAUUUAACCCACUUUCAAAGGUGGCUCUUACUUCAGCACAAUCUGGAAAGUCCAGUGGCUUGCUGUCAGUUGAAACAAGCCAAAAUCUACUGAUUUGCUUUUUGUGGAUAAUGAAGAAUGCUGACCAAAACUUGAUUCAGAAGUGGACUGCAGACCUGCCGUCUUCUCACUUAAACAAGCUAUUGGAACUGCUUUAUAUCUGUGUCUCAUGCUUUGAAUAUAAGGGGAAGCAAAGCUCUGAUAAAGUGAGUACUCUGGCUCUACAGAAAUCGCAGCAAGCAAAAGCACGGCUGGAAGAGGCUCUGCUUGGGGGAAUGGGCGCCAGAGGGGAGAUGAUGAAACGUAGCCGAGCUUUGACAGGGAAUGAGAGGUUUCAGGGAAUGAAUGAAAACCUUAGAUGGAGGAAAGAUCUAACACAGUGGAGGCAAACCAAUGAUCGGCAAGAUAAAACAAAGGCAGAACUUGAUCAAGAAGCAGUUAUAAGUGGAAACUUGGCAACUGAAGCAUAUUUGAUUGUUCUGGAUUUGCUAGAAAUCAUUAUUCAGAGUAUGUCAUCCUCAGACAGCAAAGACAGUGUUUUAGGAGGAAUUAUGAGGGUCCUGCUUCAUGCACUCAGCUGCAACCCAAGUAAUGUGUUUCUAGCACACUGUUUUAGCACAUUCAGAGCUUUGAUCAUCAAGUUUGGAGACUUGCUGCUAGAAGAGGAAGCUGAGCAGUGUGCUGACCUCAGCCAGAAGGUUCUUCAGUAUUGCAGCAGCUGCAUCGACAGCAACCGAAGUCAAGCUUGUGCUACCUUGUAUCUCAUCAUGAGAUGUAGCCAGUCCUCACCUAGUAAUUUUGCAAGGGUAAAAAUGCAGAUUACAAUGUCUCUCGCAUCACUUGUGGGCAAAUCAUCAGAUUUCCAUGAAGAGUACCUUAGGAAGUCUUUACGAACCAUAAUUGCCUAUGCAGAAGCAGAUGUGGAAAUGCAGUCAACACAGUUCCCUUCUCAGGUUGAUGACAUGCUCAACAAUCUGAACAGUAUCUUGUCUGACACAGUGAAAAUGAGGGAAUUCCAGGAAGAUCCAGAAAUGCUAAUGGACCUCAUGUACAGAAUUGCCAAAGGGUAUCAGACAUCUCCAGAUCUUCGCCUCACCUGGCUGCAGAAUAUGGCAGAGAAACAUACAAAAAGGAAGUGCUAUACGGAGGCAGCCAUGUGUUUGGUUCAUGCAAGUGCACUUGUUGCUGAAUAUCUAAGCAUGCUGGAGGAUCACAACUAUCUGCCUGUGGGUAGUGUCAGCUUUCAGAAUGUCUCCUCUAAUGUGUUGGAAGAAUCAGCAGUUUCAGAUGACAUUCUGUCCCCUGAUGAAGACGGCAUUUGUAGUGGGAGGUACUUCACUGAAAAUGGCCUGGUGGGGCUGCUUGAGCAAGCAGCUGAACUGUUCAGCACUGCUGGACUCUAUGAGACUGUAAAUGAAGUGUACAAAAUUGUCAUCCCUGUAUUGGAAGCUCACAGAGAUUUCCGUAAGCUGUCUGUCACUCAUGAUAAACUACAUAAAGCCUUUGACAGUAUUAUAAAAAAGGGUCACAAGAGAAUGUUUGGUACCUACUUUCGUGUAGGAUUCUAUGGAUCUAAGUUUGGAGGUCUAGAUGAACAAGAAUUUAUUUAUAAGGAGCCUGCCUUUACAAAACUGCCAGAAAUAUCACAUAGAUUAGAGGGAUUUUAUGGCCAGUGUUUUGGGCAAGAGGCAGUAGAGGUGAUAAAAGAUUCUACACCUGUUGACAAGUCCAAGUUGGAUCCUAAUAAGGCAUAUAUACAGAUCACAUUUGUGGAGCCAUUUUUUGAUGAGUAUGAAAUGAAAGAUCGAUUGACUUAUUUUGAGAAGAACUUCAAUUUGCGAAGGUUUAUGUACACCACUCCAUUUACAAAAAGUGGCCGUCCUCGAGGAGAACUCAGUGAACAGUACAAGCGAAAGACCAUCCUAACAACCAUGCAUGCAUUCCCCUACAUCAAGACAAGAAUUAAUGUGAUUCAGAAGGAAGAGUUUGACCUUACCCCAAUUGAAGUUGCUAUUGAAGACAUGCAGAAGAAAACUUUGGAACUAGCAGUGGCCACACAUCAAGACCCAAUCGAUGCUAAGAUGCUGCAAAUGGUUCUGCAAGGAUCUGUAGGAGCAACUGUUAAUCAGGGGCCUCUUGAGGUAGCUCAGGUGUUUUUGAAUGCAAUUCCAGAAGAUCCAAAACUUUUUAGACAUCAUAACAAACUCCGGCUGUGCUUUAAAGAAUUUAUUAUGAGAUGUGGAGAAGCUGUAGAGAAGAAUAAGCACUUGAUCACGGCUGAUCAGAAAGAAUAUCAACAAGAGCUGAAGAAAAAUUAUGGAAAAUUGAAAGAGAAUCUGAGGCCAAUGAUUGAGAGAAAGAUUCCUGAUCUAUACAAACCUAUAGUGAAACCUCGUCUUGAAACAAGGGAAUCCUUUAAAAGGCAAAGCUUCAGAAGACCUGCAGAUGAAAAUUCAUGAAACCCCCAAAUGGACCCCAAGGGUUUACUGGAACGGGGGAGUUGUUUGAAACAGCAUCGUUGGAGGCCUGUGAUCUGUUCGUUACCUGCUGAAGAUGGCACCCUUGACACCAGAGGCAAUUCUACUGAAAGUUAAAUUGAUUAAGGGUCUUCUUCCAUAAAUGUGUAAAUGCAUAGAAGCCUAUGAGAGACAUUUGAGCUCUUCGUAAAUGAAACGUGUGAUAGUGGCAUUGUGAUCAUAGAAAUGUACCAAUACUUGCUUUCACAUUUCAGUCAACUGAAGAUUGUUGUUUGAUACCUAAUGUUAGUUUUCUUGCUGUAUUUGAGCCAACUACAUCUCAAGUCAGUGUCAGAGAUGUGCUUGUAAUUAGUUUUGUUGUAAAGUAUGAUAAUGUAAUGACUGAAAUAUUGAAUAAUUUGAACUCAUGCAGCAAUCUGCCUUCAGUUAUCAGAGGUACAGCACUUUAGAGUUUACAUGAACACACAUUCUCAGAUAUAUCCCUAAUAUAAUUUGAUUUUAUAGUACAUGAAUUAUUUAAGUAUUACAUUAAUUAUAUUUUUUUUAAUGUUUGAAUCCUUUAUGGAAUAUUUUGAAAUGUAAUUAUUACAAGUAAAUAUCAAUAACUUCCAAUGACCCACCCUAGUUUCACUGCAAAACAGACAAUGCUGUGCAUUUUCUUCUUAACUAAACCAAGAUUAGCCCAACUGUAAUUCAGGACUUUUUUUUAAGUGAAUUCUUAGGUGUGCCUUAAAUGUACAACUCAUUUUUAUUUUAACAAAACUGAUCUUUAAAUACAUUUCUAUAGUCUGUUACAACAGUAAGUGCUGCUUAAAUAUAACUUCAGACUGUACAUUUCAUUUCAAAAUGUUACUAAAAAGAAAAAAGAAGUUGCCUACACAAUGAACGUUGUUAAGAAAAUAUAUGUAUAAAUGUUGGAUUAUUUUUGUUCAUAUUGGCAAAGUCAUAGUUUUAUUAAAAUAUUGUACACAAAUGCCA